AGUGAUGGUGCUCGGUGCUGCUCUGUUGUCUGCUAUUCUGAAUUCUCUCCUCUGACUUCUGGCUUGUUGGAUAAACUGGAGCACAUGUAAACAGAAGCCAGACUCCUGACAUGCCAGUGAAACAGCUACAGAAGGCAGACAGGAUGGUUCGGAAAGCCAGCGUAAACAGCCAGAGCCCUGGGUCUGUUUCUCCAGCCAGGAGACAGAACAAGGAGAGGGAGAUCAAGGAGACUAAAACCACAAUCAACUUUGUCACAUUCCCGUUGCCGCAGUCCGCAGCCGAGCAGGAGCUUCUCAAACCCAAUGAGUGGAGCUACUGCGACUACUUCUGGGCCGAUAAGAAGGACCCUCAGGGGACAACCACAGUAUCAGGCUUCGAGGUUCUGCUGCAGAAGCAACUAAAGGGCAAGCAGAUGCAGAAGGAGAUGGCUGAAUUCAUUAGGGAGAGAAUAAAGAUUGAAGAAGAGUACGCCAAGAACCUUGCUAAACUCUCCCAAAUCCCGUUGGCGGCACAGGAAGAAGGGACUCUUGGAGAAGCUUGGGCACAGCUGAAGAAAAGUCUGGCUGAUGAGGCAGAAGUACAUCUCAAGUUUUCCUCAAAGCUCCAUAGUGAAGUGGAAAAGCCACUGCUGACGUUUAGAGGGGACAACUUCAAGAAGGACAUGAAGAAAUACGAUCACCACAUUGCUGACCUGAGGAAACAGCUGGUCGGUCGAUAUGCUUCUGUAGAAAAGGCCCGUAAGGCUUUGGCAGACAGACAGAAGGACCUAGAGGUUAAGACGCAGCAGCUGGAGAUCAAACUAAGCAACAAGACUGAAGAGGACAUCAAGAAGGCCCGGAGGAAAUCCACACAAGCAGGUGAUGACCUGAUGCGCUGUGUGGAUCUCUACAACCAGGCCCAGUCCAAGUGGUUUGAGGAGAUGAUUACUAACAGCAUGGAGUUGGAGAGGCUUGAGGUGGAGAGGGUAGAGAUGAUACAGCAACACUUGCGCCAGUACACAACUUUACGCCGUGAGACGGACAUGUUCAACCAAAGUACCCUGGAGCCGGUGGACCAGCUCCUUCAGAGUGUGGAUCCAGCCAAAGACAGAGAGCUGUGGGUACGGGAGCACAAGACAGGAGAGCUGAGACCUGUGAACAUGGACAUUUAAAGGACAUUGUAUAACACACAGAACAACACAAACACACACUUUAUUUAAACAAUCCGAGUCUGCCUGUCUGUCUGUGUCAACCACAGUACUUCAAGUUCUUGGCCAAAGCCAUACUGAUUACAUCCCAGCACCACUUGUAAUCCCUAUUCCAGCAAUUGUGCAAUUAAAACAAGCCAGAAAUUAAGAUACUGAGUAUUACAGUACCAGUUUAUUUUAACAUACACAGAGCGACCAGUAUGCAGUUAAUAUAGCGUCAGAUCAGUCUGUAUUGUUGUAGUUCGAUACAAUCAGACAACCUUGACUUUUUCUACAGUCUUGAUGGAAAAAUACAAAUGCUUGUGUACAUGCCUUGUUGUAAAAAAUAGAGACACACAGAAACAUGUACAAAAGGGAAUUAUUUCUGUAAACUUUUAGUUUUUAGUUGCUCAUUUUAGUGUUUAAAAUGCUUUCAGCGUAACCAGCAUGAUUUGUAAAGUUUGGUAGGGGGGUGGAUUCUGCUAUAGUGUCAUUAUAUAGAUAUAUUGUUAAAUCUGUAUUUGUAUUGUAGUAAAAAUUAGAGUUUAUUGCAAUGAGGAAUGCAACAGACUUUUUACUCUUACUAAUUACAAACAUACAGUUAAAUACGUACAUGCACUCUUACCGAACAUGUCAGCCUUCCUGACAAACAAAAAGCCUGACAAAAUGCAUCACCUAGGUACAGAUAUUUUCGAAAUAUUUUUGCUGAUAUGUUUUGCAGAGAAGCAUGCAAUUCUCAAAAAUGAAGUGAGUUCUAUUUCGUGUAUAAAAAAAAAGAUAUUUAUGUGAUAAAUGGCAUUCAGUCCUUUAACUGUGUUCAUCCGGUAUGUCUCAGCAGAUGCUGUGCUCACGAUAUUUCUCCUCAAGCGAAGCCAAGAAACCUCUAUAUGCAGUACAUAAUCAGCUCUGUGUAACAUCUUAAUUUCAUUCGGCUUCCAUUCCAGGUUUAGAUGCAGAUGUGAUCAGUUUUGAAGGUGACGUUUGAGGGCCAAGCUGUAGAAAGCUACAUUACAUGGCCUUUAUAGCUAGUGGAUUUAAGCUACACUAUAUUGCCAAAAGUAUGUGCUCGUCUGCCUUCACACGCAUAUGAACUUGAGUGACGUUCCAUUACUAAUCCAUAGGGUUUAAUAUGAUGUCGACCCACCCUUUGCAGCUAUAACAGCUUUAACUCUUCUGGGAAGGCUUUCCACAAGGUUUCGGAGUGUGUUUAUGGGAAUAUUUGACCAUUCUUCCAGAAGCGCAUUUAUGAGGCCAGACACUGAUGUUGGGCGAGAAGACCAGAGGUGUUCUAUCAGGUCGAGGUCAGGUCAUGUUCUUCCACAUCAAACUCGCUCUUCCAUGUCUUUAUGGACCUUGCUUUGUGCCCUGGUGCACAGUCAUGUUGGAAUAGGAAGGGGCCAUCCCCAAACUGUUCCCACAAAGUUGGGAGCAUGAAAUUGUCCAAAAUCUCUUGGUAUGGUAUGCUGAAGCAUUAAGAAUUCCUUUCACUGGAACGAAGGGGCCGAACCCAACUCCUGAAAAACAGCCCCACACCAUAAUCCUCCCUUCACUAAAAUUUACACUUAGCACAAUGCAGUCAGACAAGUACCGUUCUCCUGGCAACCGCCAAACCCAGACCCAUCCGUCGAAUUGCCAGACGGAGAAGCGUGAUUCGUCACUCCAGAGAACACGUCUCCGCUGCUCUAGAGUCCAGUGGCGGCGUGCUUUACACCACUGCAUCCGUCGCUUUGCAUUGCGCUUGGUGAUGUAAGGCUUGGAUGCAGCUG